AUGGCUGCAGCACCAGCGCCUCUCUCGAUCAGAUACGCCGCCGAAUCCGACCUCCCUUCCCUUGGACACCUUGAGAUUGUUGCAUUCCCAACUUCCAAAUAUCUUUCCAACACUUUUCCCAAUGCCGACCCGCAGGUACUGCAGAACUUCAAGUCAGUUCUGCUAGGCGGGUCACUGCCAGACCCAGAAGUCCACGCCCUCGUAGCCGUCGAUCCCAGUACGGAUCAGACCGUAGCAUAUUGCCGCUGGACAAUACCCACGGCGUACGGAUAUGGAGACGCACCUCGAGCUGAGAUAUCCUGUCAGGCCGCCGCAAGAGCGGCAAAGGCGCUGGAAUACGCCCCUGAGUCUACGAAUAAGGAGAUCUAUGACAUGUUUGCAUCGCUUCUUAAGGCGAAGCAGAAAGUGCACACCCGAGAGGAUGAUAUGAUCCUUAACAUGCUUUGCGUGUUACCGGAAUACCAAGGAAGAGGGAUUGGGAAACAAUUUUUGAAGUGGGGAAUGGAAAAAGCGGAUGCAAAGGGGGCGAGGAUUUAUCUUGAAUCUACCCCAGCGGGGUAUCCGAUGUAUCAGAAAUACGGAUGGGAGGCCGUUGAGGAAUGUGUCAUUAACUAUGUGCCAUUUGGGGGCGAGGGAACCCAGACGUUUGUCUUCAUGAUGAGAAAUCCACGGACUCCGAACCCUGCCCCGUAA